AUGACACAGUGUACAAUCCAACGAAAUGUUUACACGUUGGCAUCCCCAACUAAUUCAAUGACUAAAUCAACUGAAACAGCAAAUGUUUUAACAGCACAUAAUACAAAUACACCAUCGCGUAUUACAACAACAAAUGUCAAUAGUUUUGAUGAUAGUUUAACAAAUCUUUCAUGGUUACAUGAUAUAGAUAUACUAAAGAGAAGUAUUCCAACAAUAAAUUUGUCAACAUCAUCAUCAUCACCAUCAUCAAAUAAUUCAGGAAAUAAUACAAUAAAUAAUAAACGUAAAGAACAACCUUUAUCGAAUACGUCUGCAACUAUAUCUUCAUCAAAUAUUGGUGCUGUUUAUCUUAAUGAUAUUGAUGAUGACAAUGAAUUAGUAUUAAAUAAUGAUGACGAUGGUGAUGAACAAUGGAAAAUAUAUAAAACGAAUCCUCAAGCAAAACCGGUUUAUUCAUAUUCUCAACUUAUUCUUUUAGCUAUGAGACAAUCGGGCCAUGAAAAAAUGACAUUACAAAUGAUUUAUGAAUGGGUCGCAGAAAACUUUCCUUAUUUUAAAAAAAUGGAACCAACUUGGCAGAAUUCUAUUCGCCAUAAUUUAUCAUUGAACAAAUGCUUUGUUAAAGUUCCUCGUACGAAAAAAGAAGCUGGAGGCAAAGGUGGAUUUUGGAAAUUAUCUUCAGAUUAUGAACGACAACGUUCACAAAAUAAAAUCGCAAUCAAUCAUCAGCACGAUCGAUCAAUAAAUUCAUCGCCUACUAAACGUGCACGUCCAUCAAAACGAUCAUCAAACAAUUCUGACAAUAUGAUGAAACUAAAUAAUUGUAUUAAAUCAGAAGGAUGGACCGAUUCAAUGCUUCCAUGUAUUGUAUCAAAAAUUCCGUUAUCUCUCCAAUGUCAUUCAGCAAAUGUCGAUCGUCCAUCAUCAUCCUACGUUCGAAUGCCAAGUAGUUUUCUUUCUCCGAUAUCCUCACCAGAUGCAUUAACAGUUCCACCAUUUUAUCAUCAGCAACAAAUAAAUGAUUUUUCAUCAGUUUCAACACCGUCACCAUCUAGUUCCCCAUCAUCAAUGUCAUCAGUUGUAGCAAAACACAAUUUUAUGUCAACAAAAUUAGAUGAUACAGAUAUGCUUUUAUUAGAUUCAGUUGCAUUCGAUUGGGAUGCUUAUCUAUGUGAGACACCAAAUGAUAUUGAUGUUCAACCACUUUUAUCAACGAAAACUGAACAAGAUUUAUUUAAUGAUUUUAAUGCAGCAUUAUCAGAUUUAACGUAUUCAGCUGAAGCAGCAGCAGCAGCCGGUGGCGAUCCAAAUGCAUUCGAUGGUUUCGACUAUCCAAGUAAACCUUCAACAUUUACUUCAUUGUUUGAUGAAGAUGUAUACCAACAGUCUCUUAGUGUAAAAGGUCGUGGAAUUAAAAGACCAUCAUGGUGGCUUACAAAUGAAACUUUAACUCAAACAAAGUUACCAUCACUUGAAACGGCUUUUGAUUUAAAACUAUCUAAAUAA